GCGGGCUCUAGGUGUGUGUGUGUGUGUGUUUGAGGAGGGUGUGUGUGACGGGAGUGGAGCUCAGAGCGACGAGGCAACGGGGAGAGAUGCUGCACCUGAGCCCCAUCACCUGAGCACAGAGAGGAAGAACCAAAGCUAAACAGGGAGAGAGGAGGUGAAGAAACGGUUUGUCAGCAUGGUGGGACGGUUUCACAUGUGAGAGAAUCAAGUGCAGCCGGCUCAUCGUCAACAAGGUCCGUCCUCCAUCUCUGUUCGUGCCAUGGCUGACCCAAGCUGGUGGAAGCUGACCUUCUCACGCAAGAAGAAGUCUGAAUCCAAGGUUCUAUAUGAGAUCCCAGCGGAGUACGGCAGCAACACCGGGAACAAAGAGCACCAGAGCAGUAACCCAUCUGCAGAACACAUGGACAGCCAGUUCAAUGUCAGACUGGAGAAGAUUGUGGAUAAAUCUGCCACCAAAGGCCGCCACGUCAAGGUCUCCAACUCUGGCCGCUUCAAGGAGAAGAAGAAGGUGCGAGCCACGCUGGCCGAGAACCCCAACCUGUUUGCAGAGCACAACCUCAGCGACGAGAACCACAAAACGAAGACUGACAAAUAGCAGAAUGCACACACUUGAUCAUAAAUGUGUCAUAAAUCAGUGUCACACUCACAAAAGCUUUGUAGAAAGCUCAGAUAUAUGCAAACACAACGAUGUUGCACUGUGAUGUGUGUUACCAAGCACCACACCCUGGUAGAUACUGUCACCAAUGGACUCACACCUAAAACAAACAGCUGAUAACAGCAACAACCUUUAGCUGUUCACAAAACGGAGUCGGAUCCAAACAAGAGACACCUUUCUUCUGAUUUUUACUCCAAAACUGGCUUUACAUUAACUUUUGUUGUUUUAUGUUGACAAAAAUGAUCACUGACAUGAAGGAAAAGUCAAACCUGACCUCAUGCAUCCAUGAUUAUGAAGUAACAUUACUGUAAUUUAAGUUUUUAUUUUUAUUGUUAUAGCUAUAGUUUUAUUUCUCCCUUUUAUAUGUCUUGCACAAUCAGCACCUAAGUGGAGAUAUGUCAGUGCAACCAAAGCACAAUAAAUUUUUAUUACAUUUUUAUGACAAUGCAACCAGAGACUUGAUUUAAAUGACUGUAUUGUGUCUGAAGUAUUGUGGUGGAUAUUUCCCAUACAGUGGCCCCAGAGAGUAAAAAACCAACGGACAGAUUACUGAACAGAUCCGCUGGUACUGGUAUCGGUACCUAAGAAGUCUGUGGCCCCUGGUCUUAUGUCAGAAUGUUGAAGGAAGACACAUGAAAGAGACAAUAUGGCAACAAAGUGAAGCAAAACGACCAAAAUGUGAAAAAGGCCACCAGAAAGAUAAGCAAAAUGACCACAAAAAGAGACAGAAUAGCUGCAAAGAAAAGCAAAAUGAUCAAGAUGAGACCUAAAAUAUCACAGAAGUGGCACAAAACAGAUAUUGAACAACCAAAAUGGGAAACAAAAUGUCUUAAAGGUCAUACAAAAAAACCUCAGAGAGAGACAGUUUGGCUGCAAAGAGAACAAAACGUGAUGAAAAACGGCCAAAAUUACAUGCAAAUGACAACAAAGACAUGCAAAAUGUUCAAAAUAAGACAUAAAAUAACCAAGUGGGACACAAAAUAUACCAAAAAGAGAUGUAAAUAUGAAAAGGAGACCCAAAAUGUCCCAAAAUGAGACACAAAACAUACGCAAAAUGACCAAAAUGUGUCACAAAAUCACAGAAAUGAGACACAAAAUGACCUUGAAGACACAGAAUGGCAAAAAAUAGACACAAAAUGACUACAAAGACAUACAAAAUCACUGAAAUGAGACACCAAAUGUCCCAAAUGUUGCACAAAUUGACCUCAGAGUGACACAGACUGGACGCAAAGAGAUGCAAAACAAUUAAGAGAUGCAAAAUGGCCAGAAAGGGACAAAAACAACCAAAAAGAGAUGCAAAAUGACCUGAAGACCUCAUACAAAAUUAAGAUUAUGAGACACAAAAUGACCAAAAUGAGACCCAAGAUGUCCCAAAUGUGACAAAAAAUCCAAAAUAACUGAAAUGGAACACAAAAUGAUGACCAAAGAUACAUAGAAAAUUGACAAGGAGUUGCAAAAUAAGAUGUAAAAUGAUCAUAAUGAGACAUCAAAUGACCAAAAUGGGACAGAAAAUAACCAAAAAGACAUGCAAAAUGACCACAAAGAGACACAAAAUGACCAAAAAUGGACAAAAAAUGACUACAAAGAGAUACAAAAUUAUGCAAAACAGCUGCACGAUGCAUAAUUGGAGACAAAACAACAACAAACCCUCCUUUCUGGGAUGAUCUGGGGGCCCAGUGUUCCAUAAUCUGUCCACGAUUAAACCACAAUUAAAAAUAAAUUGAUUUCACCACAUUAGGUGUCAAAUGUACUGUAGUGUUUCUCAACCUGCUUGAUUUAUUUUGGAGGAAAUAUCUGUGUAGUUGUGCUUAAUGUGGUUUUCUAUGCAUCAAAUAUCACUUUCUCCAACAUUUUAUGUAUGAAAUGUAUUAUUUUUCACUGUUAAAACUCUUCUUGGGGCCACUGUAUGAGAUAAAUUAAAACAAAACAUGCUGUUUAUAUGAUCUCAUCUGGAAUCUUUUUUGUUUUUAAUAAAUAUAAGAAGACUUUGAUAUGAAGCA